GGACACCGCGGUUCAAUCAAAGAAUACGCACAGCUUGAUACAGUAGUUCCAAAAUUGUUUCCAUCAUGAUGUCGCAGACAUCCACCGGUUCGAUGAGGCCUUUUACUUUGAGCCACAAUCGCACCACGCACCUGAGUAUCCUCCCAUCCACAACUGGUAGAGGGUGCACCAUCCACGCUCGCGGUCCUCGACGUGCUGUCCGUGCCAGCGCUGAGAAUGCACCCACAGACAACAACCGGCGGGACCUGAUCCGCAGAGCUUUGGCUGCAGCUGUGGCUGUUGUCCCUGCUGCUGCAGCUCGUGCAGAGGAUGCCUCUGGUGUUGCAUCUUCCCGUAUGUCAUACUCCAGAUUCCUGGAGUACUUGGACAUGGGCAGAGUGAAGAAGGUGGAUCUGUAUGAGAAUGGCACAAUUGCUAUUGUGGAGGCGGUGAGCCCAGAAUUGGGCAACCGCGUGCAGCGCGUCCGUGUGCAGCUGCCAGGCACCAGCCAGGAGCUGCUGCAGCGAUUCCGCGAGAAGAAUGUCGACUUUGCUGCACACUCAAACACAGAGGAUGGCGGCGCCGUCUUCCUGAACCUGCUUGGAAACCUAGCGUUCCCCCUGCUGCUGGUGGGUGGGCUGUUCCUGCUGUCGAGGCGCUCCCAGGGUGGCGUUGGCGGCCCCGGUGGCAACAACCCACUGGCGUUCGGCAAGUCCAAGGCCAAGUUUCAGAUGGAGCCCAACACAGGCAUCACCUUUGAUGAUGUUGCUGGCGUCGACGAGGCCAAGCAGGACUUCAUGGAGGUGGUGGAGUUCCUGAAGCGGCCAGAGAGGUUCACGGCAGUGGGAGCCAAGAUCCCCAAGGGUGUGCUCCUGGUGGGCCCACCAGGCACAGGAAAGACCCUGCUGGCCAAGGCCAUUGCUGGAGAGGCCGGCGUCCCAUUCUUCUCCAUCUCUGGAUCUGAGUUCGUGGAGAUGUUUGUGGGUGUUGGAGCAUCCCGUGUCCGUGACCUCUUCAAGAAGGCCAAGGAGAAUGCCCCGUGCAUUGUGUUUGUGGAUGAAAUCGAUGCGGUCGGCCGGUCUCGUGGAACUGGUGUUGGAGGCGGCAACGAUGAGCGCGAGCAGACGCUGAACCAGCUGCUCACAGAGAUGGACGGCUUUGAGGGCAACACAGGCAUCAUCGUGAUUGCUGCUACCAACCGCGCUGACAUCCUGGACAAUGCACUGCUGCGUCCUGGUCGCUUUGACAGACAGGUCACUGUGGAUGUGCCUGACCAGAAGGGCCGUCUGGCAAUCCUGAAGGUACACGCAAAGAACAAGAAGCUUGCUGACGAGGUGGACCUGUCACAAAUCGCCAUGCGCACCCCAGGCUUCUCUGGAGCUGACUUGGCCAACCUGCUGAACGAGGCGGCCAUUCUGACAGGGCGCCGCAGCAAGGCAGCGACCAGCAACAAGGAGAUUGACGACAGCGUUGACCGCAUCGUGGCAGGCAUGGAGGGCACCCCGAUGGUGGACGGCAAGUCCAAGUCCCUGGUGGCAUACCACGAGGUCGGCCAUGCUGUCUGCGGCACCCUCACGCCCGGCCAUGACGCCGUGCAGAAGGUGACUUUGAUUCCCAGAGGCCAGGCCCGGGGCCUGACCUGGUUCAUCCCAGGCGAGGACCCGACCCUGAUCAGCAAGCAGCAGAUCUUUGCGCGCAUUGUGGGCGCUCUGGGCGGUCGUGCCGCCGAGGAGAUCAUCUUUGGUGAUGCCGAGGUUACCACUGGCGCAUCCAGCGACCUGCAGCAGGUGACCAACAUGGCGCGGCAGAUGGUGGUGAACUAUGGGUUCUCAGACAUUGGCCCCUGGAGCCUGCUGGACCCCUCUGCACAGUCGGGUGACAUGAUCAUGCGCAUGAUGGCUCGCAAUGGCACCUCCGAGUCACUGCAGCGCAAGAUCGACGACGCUGUGAAGAAGAUUGCAGCAGAGGCGUAUGAGGAAGCGCUCACACACAUCAGGGAAAACCGUGAGGCCAUUGACAAGAUUGUGGAGCUCUUGCAAGAGCGUGAAACUAUCAGCGGCGAUGAGUUCAGAGAGAUCCUGGGCCAGUACACCACCAUUCCUGAGUCAAACUUGAAGGCUGCAAAGUCCACUCUUGAGCCCAUUCUGGCCUGAAGUGGCGAUCUGUACUGGACAAUGUGGGUUACCUGAGAUUAGCUGAAGAUCUUAGUUUGAUGGAGCGGUGUGUGUUGAGUCACAGCAAGCCUAUGGUCACCAUCACGGUGACGUGAAUGCUUUUCUCUUUGAACAGCAUGUUGUAUCAUUAGAGGGUCCAUGGAUAGGCUCGGUCCAAUUUUGACGGCUGUACACUCUGCUUGAGCUUAGCAGCACCUCUGGCAGGCAGGCCCUUGGAGCUCCUGGAGUUUGAGUAAAAUUGGAGUGUGAAGCCCUGAGGAAAUAAAAUUUGACGUUCAUUCACCAUGUAGCAAGUUGAAAUGGAAAUUGUCGUAUAAUGUACACUGUACAGUGUAAAUAUGCACUGAACC